CUAUUCAGUUCAUUUUCGGUUUUUGUGCGCAGCGAGUUAACAAUAUUAUCAAUAUCGAGGCGUUCCGACAUUCAAUUAUAAACAUAAUUCCACAGUAAAAAGACGCGCUGCCAAAAGAAUACAAAAAACGCAUUAGUAAGCUGCGAACAAUACAAAAAAACAAAGUGCACACAACGAGCAAAAGGCGGCUAUACACAAAGUGAUUACGAAUUUUUGCAGUUGAACAAGAGAGAGAGAGAGAGAGCGGAAGAAGAGGAGUGUGUGCGUGUGUGUGUGUGUGUGUGUGUGUAGUCCCCAAUAUCCCGCCCGCAUCAACGUCCACGUACAAGAAUCCAAGAUGAGCAAGAAACCAACAGCCGGCCCGGCGCUGCACAAGGUCAUCAUGGUGGGCAGCGGAGGCGUUGGCAAAUCGGCGCUCACAUUGCAGUUCAUGUACGAUGAAUUCGUGGAGGACUACGAGCCCACCAAGGCCGAUAGCUAUAGGAAAAAGGUUGUGCUCGAUGGCGAGGAAGUACAAAUAGAUAUUUUAGACACAGCCGGCCAGGAGGAUUAUGCCGCCAUACGAGAUAAUUAUUUUCGCAGCGGCGAAGGUUUCCUCUGUGUCUUCUCAAUCACAGACGACGAAAGCUUCCAGGCCACCCAGGAAUUCAGAGAACAAAUAUUGCGGGUGAAGAAUGAUGAGAGCAUACCGUUCCUGCUGGUGGGCAACAAAUGCGAUCUGAAUGACAAGCGCAAGGUGCCGCUCAGCGAGUGCCAGCUGAGGGCGCAGCAAUGGUCGGUGCCCUACGUGGAGACCUCGGCCAAGACACGCGAGAACGUGGACAAGGUAUUUUUUGAUUUGAUGCGCGAAAUAAGAUCACGAAAAACCGAAGAUUCGAAAGCCACGAGCGGGCGUGCUAAAGAUAGAUGCAAGAAGCGGAGACUUAAGUGUACCCUACUUUAGGCAUUAGGUAUUUUUCGAUCUAAUCAGGGAUAUUUCAUCACGCAAAAAACAACGUCAGAUGGACGUGAAAGAGCCGACAAAGCCUUCUCCUUGCUGCCAAUUGUUGUAAACAUUCAACAGCGACAACAACAACAACUGCAACUGCAACAAUAACAACAAGAGGAAGAUGAACAACAACAACAACAACAAUAAUAAAGCAAACAACUGCAGUUCAACAAGGCAGCAGUAAAAAAUGGCAACAACAUAACCAACAACAAUAAUUGAGCGUUAUUAAUAUUUAUAAAAACAAAUCAGAAAAACGAAAAAAAAAACAA